UGAACUUCUCCAAUCUCGACAAGUGAUUUGAGGAUCGAUUUUGGGAGAGAGAAAGUGAGAAGAUGUUUCUCCGGCGGAUUGGGAUGCCCUUGAUGGCAAGGUUGAAGGAAACAACUGGGAUCGUGGGUUUAGAAGUGGAACCCAAUGCUAGAAAUGUUUUGAUUGGUCUUUAUACGAAAACCCUAAAGGAGAUCCAGGGUGUCCCUGAAGACGAAGGCUACAGGAAAGCCGUCGAGAGCUUCACAAAACAUCGCCUAAAGGUAUGUCAGGAGGAACACGACUGGGAGGUCAUCGAGAAGCGCAUCGGCUGCGGUCAGGUAGAAGAGCUCAUCGAGGAAGCUCAAGACGAGCUUACACUCAUCGACAAGAUGAUCGAGUGGAACCCAUGGGGUGUGGAUGAUGAUUACGAAUGUGAAGUUAUCGAGAAUGAUGCUCCUGUUCCGAAACAUGUUCCUCUGCACCGACCAGGCCCUCUUCCUGAGGAAUUCUACAAGACGAUGCAGGCUAUUAACACAGGCACUUUGGAGGAUGUCAUUGCGAGUUCAAAAAAUGCAAAUGAGGACAUUGCUUCAAGUGACACACAGCCAAAGUUGGCUUAGGAUGAUUGUCACUUGGUUUGAGUUGGUUCUUUCCCUGCCCAAUUCCCUUUUGAUGAUUUCCUCAUGUUAUAAUCCAAGUAUACUGGUUUGUGGAGACAUAAUUAUGUUUAAGGUAUGAAUAAGUAAAUCCAACAACUUGAGCUGCUGUUUUAGUUAAUUUUUCUGACUUGAAAUGGUGCCCUCCCCCAUCCAUCCUUUGUUGGGAGUGAAAGAUUUAUUAAACUCCAAAAUGUUAUUUUUCCUGCAGGCAGGGUUAUUUGAAACAUUUGGGAUUAUAAUCAAAUGCCAAACUUAACU